AUGACUGAUACGGAGCUCACUGCCGUCGACUAUAUCGCAGAACAGCUUGCGCUUGAACGUGAGGCAAAGGAGCUCAUGCCCUUUGAUCCAAAUGAAUGUACUUAUGUCAAGGGUCCUCUACGACAAAUGGUAUAUGCGUGUUUGACUUGUGGCACGGCGCAAUCUCCAGUGGGUGUAUGUUAUUCGUGUCUGAUACGAUGUCAUUCUACUCAUGAACUAGUGGAGUUGUUUUCCAAGCGUGACUUUGUAUGUGACUGUGGGACCACCCGAAUCCUUAACUCAAAAGGGUGUACUGUUCGAGGUGAAUCAGAGUUGCCUGGUGAGUCUACUGCGACGGUUAGACCGCGUUCGGGUUCAAUUGAUAUGGCAAGAAGAAAUAGCUUUAGAUCUCUUCUGCUUCCUAAAGAUGAUAUACCUUCCUCUUCCAAUAGAUAUAACCAGAAUUACCACGGCAAGUUUUGUUCCUGUGAGAAGCUAUAUAAUCCGUUGGAGGAAACAGGCACCAUGAUUCAGUGUUUCUUGGGGGUGGAAUGCGGUGAAGACUGGUACCAUUUAAACUGCGUAGUGGGCAUCAACGAACCGGCGAAGGACACGGCUACAAGUACCGGCAACAUACUUGAUCGACUUCCAGGUCCAGGUCAAGAUGCUCAAACUGAUGGCAGCGGUGAUAAUCAUGGUGAUGAUGAUGAUGAUAAUGAUGAAGUUAUAAUUCCUUAUUUCCCAAGUCUAGGGGCUUUUGACCAGUUCAUAUGUUGGAAAUGUGUUCAACUGUACCACAAAGUGUUCGAUGUACUACGUACUGUUGACGGGGUGGUCCACUCACGGUUGCCUCAUUUUGAAGAGUUAAAACUGGUCGAUGAAUGGAAAGAAAAGUAUAAUCAUUGGUUGAACCAUGAUGAUAAACAGACUGACAAUGAUGAACCAAAAAUUAAAAGAAUAAAGAAACAAUUCAUACCUUAUUCGGUAUUCUUAAACAGUUCCUUUAGAAGCUCUUUAAUCAAGUAUAAACUGACUUUGGACGCUUCAAACCAAGUUUAUCGUUUCUUGGAAUCAAAUUCAUACCUCUAUGAAUCCGAUCCAGUGUAUGAACCUCCAAAGGAUGAAGAUACAAAUUCAUCUACUACUGGUUCAAUUCUAGACUUGGGGACCGAUGUCCUUCUGUCUCUUCCAAAGGAACAAGCAGUCGAAGGAUUGCAAGCAUAUAAUAUGAUUAAAUCCAAGCUUCGGGAUUUCUUUAAACCCUUUGCCGAACAAGGGAAAGUUGUAACCGAAGAAGAAAUAAGGGACUUUUUUGAUAAGGUGAAAAAAUAA